ACACUAUCGACCAUGUUUAGCGUCUCGAAGUACUUUCCAUCCCACACAUACAUACAUAUACUUCACACGUCACUUAUUUGUUAGUUUUAAUAAGUGAUCUUAUUCGUUUUCUUUAAUUAAAAAACGUUUGCUGAUUUAUCUGAAUUGCAGCUAAACCUAUAACAUGGAGGAAGUUAAAAAUGGUGAGGCUGCAGAGAAAAAGCUUAAUCCAAAAGAUAGGUCCAAUUUUAUCUCGAAUUUAUUAUUCUGUUGGCUACUUCCUUAUUUUGUCAAAGGUUACAAACGAGAAUUAACCGAAGAUGAUAUGUAUAGACAUCGAAGUGUACACGAUUCUAGCAAGCUGGGACAAAAGCUAGAAGAUCGAUGGAUAAAACAUAUAGCCAAGAAUAAGAAUCCUGCAUAUUGGAAAGUAUUAAUGGGAACGUUUAUUUGGGAAAUAUUUGUUCUGAACAUUCUUGCUAUAACAAUAGAAGCAGUAAGAAUGGCUCAACCGUUUAUAAUAUCGAAACUACUAGUAAUUUAUGAAAAAGAUCCCAAAGAAAAUAUCACCGAUGUUUAUUUGUACUCAGGCCUAAUAGUAGCGACGUCAUUUGUUAAUGUCGUGCUUGUACAUAGAUUUUGUUUUGCAAUGAUGCAAGUUGGUAUGAAGAUGAGAGUAGCGUCAUGUUCUCUAAUAUACAGGAAAGCUUUAAGACUCAGCAAAUCUGCUUUAGCCGAGACUACGAUAGGCCAGAUGGUCAAUUUACUAUCUAAUGAUGUAGGUAGAUUUGACCUAGCUGUAGUUCAUAUUCCUGACUUAUAUAUUGCUCCUAUACAAGCACUUAUUGUGAUGGUAUUUUUGUAUGUAAUUGUGGGAUGGACAGGACUUCUUGGAACAAUCUUUUUGCUAAUGUCUAUACCGCUACAGUCAUGGCUAGGCAAGAAGACUUCGCAGUUUAGGCUGAAAACUGCCACUCGAACCGAUGAAAGGGUUAGGCUUAUGAAUGAAAUUAUAUCUGGAAUUCAAGUAAUCAAAAUGUACACUUGGGAAUACCCAUUUGCAAAGUUAGUGGAGUAUGUGAGGGGGAAUGAAAUCAAAUUCAUCACGAAAACAUCCAUUAUCCGUGCAAUUCUAAUGUCCAUGGCCAUGACUUUAAACGAUGUAGCUGUUGCGAUAUGUUUGGUCACAUUUGUUUUAACAGGAAAUCCUCUGACAGCUUCCUAUGCCUUUACGGUUACAUCUUAUUAUCGUCUCUUGGGCACGCUUACUUACUUCUUACCCUUGGCCGUUUCUAAAGGGUCCGAAAUGUGGAUAUCCAUGAAGAGAAUCCAGAAAUUUUUGCACUAUGAUGAACUCAAGUUUGAGAUGCUUGAAAAUUCACUGAAUGGUAAACAAAACGGCAAACAAUAUUUACAGGAAUUAACUGGUUCUAAUAAAGGAAGCAUUCAAAUCAAAAAAGCAUCUGCUAAAUGGUUGAAGUCACGAUAUGAGAAUAAUUUAGAGAACAUUGACAUGGAUGUAACACCUGGUAAUUUAGCAGCUGUUGUUGGAUCUGUAGGAAGCGGAAAGACAACCUUAUUGCACAUAAUUAUGAAAGAGCUCGAGUUAGAAAGUGGGUUUGUUAAUGUAACUGGAAAAGUUUCGUAUGCUUCUCAAGAGCCUUGGUUAUUUGGAGGUAGUAUAAGGCAAAAUAUUCUGUUUGGAGAAACAUAUGAUGACUUCAAAUACAACGAAGUAGUACGAGUAUGUGCACUACAAAGAGACUUCACUCUAUUUCCACACGGUGAUCGAACCUUAGCAGGUGAACGAGGUGUUACUUUAAGUGGAGGUCAAAGAGCUCGAAUAAACUUAGCUAGGGCUAUUUACAAAGAUGCUGAUAUUUACUUACUAGAUGAUCCUCUAUCCGCUGUUGAUACACAUGUUGGCAAACAUAUAUUUGAAGAAUGUAUUUGUGGAUAUCUUGGAAGCAAAUGCGUCGUCUUGGUCACACAUCAACUACAAUAUUUAAAGAAUAUACAGAAUAUAUAUUUAUUAAAGAAUGGAAAAGUAGCUGUCUCAGGGUCCUAUAAUAAUAUAAGAGAUUCUAACACAGAUUAUAGUAAACUAUUGGCUAAUAUAGAAGAGGAAGAAGAAGAAAUAAGAAGGAAGUCUAAAGUUGUUCAGACAAAAGAGGAAAAAACUAAAGAAGAAGCAGUGCCUGUAUUACAAAGAGAAGGUAAAAGCACUGGUAAUAUUUCUGGACGUGUUUAUCGAAAGUAUGCUCAAGCUGGUGGACAUAUCCUUAAGGCUUUUUGUUUAUUAGUGCUCUUUAUACUUAGCCAAGCUUUGUUGAGUAUAUGCCAGUAUUUCGUUACUUUCUGGGUCAAUAUUCAGCAAUGGAAAUCUUCACAAAAUUUUACAUCCUCAACAGAAACUGGACUUUCAGAAAAUGUUACUACACCAUUAGAUUUUACCACUCUUUCGCCUUCUAUAACUGACAAUACAGGCUUUGCUGAUUGGUGGUUAACUCCAGUUUUUUUAAGUGAAAACACUGCAAUAUACUUUAUUGUUCUAAACGUUCUUAUGGUAGUUAUUAUGAAUAUCAGAUCAUCUUCGUUUUACGCAUGGUCCAUAACAGCAUCAACAAAAAUGCACAACAAAAUGUUUGAGAACAUAGUUUAUAGUCCAAUGCGGUUUUUCAAUAUAAAUCCUUCUGGAAGAAUUCUUAAUAGGUUUUCCAAAGACAUCGGUGCUUUAGAUGAAAUUUUACCAAUGACUUUCAUGGAUACUCUUCAAAUUGGCCUUGAGGUAGGUGCGAUCUGUUUCGUAAUAGGUAGUUUAACCUACUGGAUCAUGAUACCCACUAUCUGUAUAGGGAUACUGUUCUAUGUAAUGAAGGUCGUAUUUUUAAAAACUAGUCGAGAUGUUAAGCGAGUGGAAUCAGUAACUCGAAGUCCCAUCUAUACUCAUCUAACAGCUACACUACAAGGACUAACUACUAUAAGAGCAUUCAAAGCUGAAGAAAUACUCAAAAAUGAAUUUGAUAUGUAUCAAAAUCACCAUAGCGCUGCAUUUUUUAUGUAUCUUGGAGCCACUAGAACAUUUGGUUUUUGGCUAGACUUUAUAUGUGUAAUAUAUAUUGCCUUGGUUAUAUUGUCGCUGAUUUUCGUUGAAAGUGAAACAUUUGGAGGAAAUAUGGGUCUCGCCCUCACUCAAACGUUAGCUUUGACGGGGAUGUUUCAGUGGGGGAUGCGACAAUGGUCUGAACUCGAAAACCAAAUGACUUCAGUGGAAAGGGUUCAAGAAUACGCUGACUUAAAACACGAAGAAGAUAAUUAUACCGUAGAACUAGAUGAGACAUGGCCAGAGCUAGGCAAAAUAGAAUUUAAAAAUAUGACUCUUCAGUAUUCGCUCGAUGAUCCUCCAGUUCUUAAGAAUCUCAGCUUUGUUAUUAAACCUUCGGAGAAGGUGGGUAUAGUGGGAAGAACAGGUGCAGGCAAAUCUUCGUUAAUUCAAGCUCUUUUUCGGUUGACUCAUAUUGAAGGUAGCAUACUGAUAGAUGAAAUCGAUACAAAAUCUGUGGCAUUGAAGAAACUCAGAUCUAAAAUUUCCAUAAUUCCUCAAGAGCCCGUUCUAUUCUCUGGAACAUUGAGAAAUAAUUUGGAUCCCUUCGAUGAGUACAAAGAUGAAGUAUUAUGGAACGCUUUAGAACAAGUAGAACUCAAGAGUGCAGUAGAUGACUUACCAGCUGGUCUGGACAGUAAAAUGGCAGAAGGAGGCUCUAACUUUAGUGUAGGACAAAGGCAGUUAGUCUGUUUAGCUAGAGCUGUAAUAAGGAAUAACAGAAUACUGGUCUUAGACGAAGCCACAGCCAACGUUGAUCCAUAUACUGACGGUUUAAUUCAGAAAACAAUAAGAAAAAAUUUCAACAAUUGCACAGUAUUAACCAUAGCUCAUAGAAUACACACAAUUAUGGAUUCAGACAAAGUUCUAGUCAUGGAUGCUGGAAGAGUAGUAGAAUUCGAUCAUCCAUACAAUCUUUUACAAAAUAAAAAUGGUGUUUUCUAUUCCUUGGUUAUGCAGACCGGAAAAGCUGCAGCUAGAACUUUAAUGGCUAUUGCCGAAGAAAAUAAAACAAUGAAAGACAAAAACGAAUGAUAUUAGAAAUGUUAAUGUUAACGAUUUACAGAAUGCCAAACAGAACGAUUUUUAUAUCUCAGUAUUUAUGUACCGAAUGGAUGAAAUUUUACAAAGAAUAUUUUUUAUACGGUAAAGAUGUUAAUGAGUAUUUAAAUUUUAUUUUUUAUUUAACAUUAACAAAGUCUUAAAGUAAAUCAAGUAAUAAAAUUUUUUUUAA